GAGCGUGCGCUCGUUCACUCCGUGCUGCAUGAACGGCAGCGGAACGCGACUCGGAUGCUGCUCAAGCAGGAGAAUGGAUUUAUGCUCCCUGUGGAUUUGAUUGCAUGCUAAACACUGACCUUUGCUGGCUUUACGGUUUUCUCCUACUUGUUCUGUGGCUGCUGAAUUUAUUUUGACUCCAGCGUGUGGCACAGAUUUGCGUUGCUUUUCCGUUCCAUGCAGAUGGUAUCUGUAGGAGGCUCAGCCCUGGGAGGGAGUGCUGGGAAUCGAGGCUGCUUGCCGGAGGGUCUGACUCUAUGGGAUAUGCAGAGCUGAGUCAGCGAGUGCGAACGGGAGCCUAACAGGAGUCUGAGAAUGAGACAGUGACCAAGCUGGGAGAAACAACAGAAAACCAGUGAGCGCUUCUGGAAAGCAGCUACCCCCUCUGAGAAACAUCUGAGGAACCAUAAAAUUGAGGGAUUGUUUCUGACGGGUCAGAUUGGUACCUGAUUGGAAAGACAGGAUUUGAGGAGUGGUAACGCAAGAGUGUGCUGCUGCAUCGGGCUCUGGCGAGUGCCUCCUCACAGACGCAUCUUCUUUCUCUGCAUUCCUCCCUUCUCGCUCCACCCCUCUGUCCAGCGUCUCCUCUUUUUUCUCUACCGAUUCCGUUUGUCCUUGGAACCAGAGUCCUGUCGAAGCCCAUCUACUCUCACCUGCUUCAGGAACAAGGCAAAAAGGAUCAUCUCACAUUUGGAUUCUGCUACCCCUGUUUUUUUCAACCUCUGGAUUUCUACUGUGUGUGUGUGUGUGUGUGUGUGAGAGGGAGAGAGAGAGAGAGAGAGAGAGAGCGUGCUUGUGUGUGUGUGUGUGAGAGAGAGAUUGCAUUUGCAGCAUUGAGUGUCUGUGUUUUUAAUGAGUGAUGGUUGUAUGUUGUCGGUGAGUAUUUGCAUCCGAUUGUGUGUUCUGGGAUUGAUUUUUUUUUUAAAAUAAAUCACCCCGAUGUUCAAUGCCAUGAGCCAUCCUUCUGUGAUCCUCCUGUGCCUGCUGAGCGCCCGACCCUGGGGUUGACCCUCUCUAAAUCCAGGGCAGGAUGAGCGAGACUUCUGGAGCUGUGACCACCUCCGGGGUGGUGAUCCUGGAGGAGCCUGAGGUUGGUGGUGCCUCUGGGGGACGUCAAGGCGGAGAGCGUGCUGGAGCUUUUAGGUGCGCCUUUUGGCCGAGACAGCAGACUUGGCUGUGUGUAGUUCCACUCCUGAUUGGCUUUGUGGGUCUUGGCCUUAGCCUCAUGCUGCUCAAAUGGAUUGUUGUGGGAUCUGUGCAGGACUAUGUACCCACAGACCUUGUAAAUGCUAAGGGUAUUGGCCAGGAUCCCAUUUUCCUAUCCAAGCCAAGCGCUUUGCCCAAGGGCCCAGACAGCAUCACUUCCUCCACCACCACUACCACCACUAUAUCCUCAACAAUCUCCACUAUUACUACACUGGUGAGGGGCAAAACUCGUACAGCAGCACCUCCAAAUGCCAACCCAAGGGAUGGCGGUUCCUCUGGCAGCCAAGUGACCCAGAAGACUACUACUGCAGCUUCUGCCUCCCCUGACCAGACAUCAACCUCCAGCCCGUCUUCAUCCAAACCAACUGUCCUUAAUGACUCGACCCGUGAGCACUCGACCACAGAGAGGCCAGUCAACACUCCAGCUCGGACUCACGUCAGCCGCAAGACACCGGCCCCGACCCUUCCACCUUUGAAAUCUGAGCACUUCAAGCCGUGUCAGGAGAAGGACUUGGCCUAUUGCCUCAACGAUGGCGAGUGUUUUGUUAUCGAGACCUUAAGUGGCCCUCACAAGCACUGCAGGUGUAAAGAAGGCUUCCAGGGCAUCCGCUGUGACCAGUUCCUGCCCAAAACAGACUCCAUUCUGUCUGAUCCAACAGAUCAUUUGGGCAUCGAGUUCAUGGAGAGCGAAGAGGUUUACAAGAGACAAGUGCUGUCAAUCACAUGCAUCACCAUGGGGAUCAGCUUUCUGGGCACACUCUGCAUGGCGCUGUACUGCCGGAACAAGAGACGCAGGGAAAAGCUCCAGGCGCAUCUGAAAGAGAGCCGAGGCCUGAAAAACUACAGUGUCAGCCAACCAUGCAAAGCUCACCCCGGCCUCCAGCUGCACAAUUACUGCAAAAGCACACAGUCUCCGCUACACGGAGGCACCGUCCAUCAAUCUGGGUUUUCCCAGACUUCGGCGAUGACUGCUUCUUAUACGAGGGGUUUGACAACAACACGACAUCACAGGAGCAGCUCGGUCUCAUGCAAUGCUGAUCAGAAGAACAGGUCGGCCCUUCGCCUGUCAGCACGCAGAACCCCACCCAUCACCGGAGGAAGACUCAAUCCUAUUGCAAACUCAAAGGAUUCUGGACCCGCCUACCAGCAUCUACAAGAAGCAGAAGGAUCUGAGAGGGAUAUUGAGCCAGCAAGAGUGAAUUGCACCCUGCAUCGGAAUACUUUCCAAAGUAUGCAAGCCUCUCAACCUUCUGAACCAUGGGUGCCCUCCAGGAACCCUUGCUCAAGCUCACCAGGAAAGAGAUCCUUUGCUCCAUAUCGGAUCCCAAUUAUCCCCUCUGUCCACUCGCAUCAAGAUGAGACUUUGUGUAUGCAAACGACUUCUGCAGAUGGAAUGAACCAGAGUUUACCAUAUCAAGGGGGUACAGGGGGUAGAGCGGACAACCCAUUAGCCACUCCUCUCUGUGACAGGGUGGGUGAAAAGUGGAAGGAAGGCACCCAUGUACCAGAGGAGGCCCAGGAAAAGCUCAGAGCCAACACCAACAUGAAGCAGGAUGACACCGUGUUCCCCAAUCCUCACAUGGUGAAAGAGACAGUUUGUGUUCUUCUCGCCAAUGGAACUGGACAUGGAGGAACGGCUCCUAGUGGACCAACAGAAACUCAGUUAGUGAAUCCCAGAGACAUGCACAAGGACUCAACCCAGCCUAGACAAUGAGAGGGUCUUCAUCGCACCUUGUGUCUCGAGAACAAGGCUGCAGAGUGUUCUGCUAAAAUCCAUGAAUGGAAGCCUAUGGAAUAGUGAGUGUCAAUUGAACACUCUGAUGGCUUGAGAAUUUUUUUUUCCUUUUUUUUUUUGAAAGAG